CGCUUAUUCAUCAGAUUUGUUAUUGUUAUAUUCAUGGGAUAACGGCAAUUUGUCGCUCUAUUUUCUAAAAGCCGGAUAUUUUUUAAAUUUAGGUUUUAAUAAUGAGUUUCCGGGGGCGGGAUAGUUCUGAUGGAGGAGGUAAAAUGGAUGAACCUAGACGAUAUGGAAGUGGUUUAGAUGAUAAAUCAAUGGAUGAUUCAGAUGAUCGUAGAUUUGAUUCUGGACGAGGACGUCGCCCACCAUUUGGAAGAGGAAGACGUCUUUCACCACCAGGUAGAGAUAGGCCCAGAGAUUUUGGGUAUGGACGAGAUGAACCUCCAAUAAGGGAUCGAUCACCCAUGCGAGGACCCGAUGAUCGUUUUUCUGACAGAUACAAGAAGGACGAUGGACCUUACUCUAAAAGAGAAGAAGGACGAAAAGACAUGGGAAGACCAUUUUAUGGUGAUGAUCCUCACAGAGACAGAUACAUGGAAGGAGGAAGAUCUAGGCUUGAGGGACCAAGUGCAGGUUACAAUUCUCGUUUUGAUGCACCAGAUCAGUUUAAAGCAAGGUCAAUGAAUUAUCCUAGUGCACCGCCUCCUCCUCCUACUAAAGGUUAUUUUAAUGAAGGAUUUCCAAAGCCAAAUGAAUGUGAAAUAAUAGCUGUAAACAAACAACAAAGGGCAUAUGCAGAAUCUGUGGAGGCACGUAUCAAAGACCUUGGUAUAUUAGUAGAUGUACUCUUUUUAAAAGAUGAAGCACUUUUAACACAGACAAUUGAUGAUAUUGCUCGUCGUGGAAGUCUCUAUGCAAUGGUCAUUAGUCCACAGAAUGAAACUCAUGGAUCAGUAACUGUUAACAUUCUUCAUGGAACUCCUCAAGAACACCGUAAUAUGCCACUUGAUGAUGCAUUAAAGCUGGUUGCUCGAAAUUUCCAUGAACACAUUCGAUUACAGCGAGAAAAAAUGGAGCGGGAAAGGGCGGAACGAGGACCGUACAUCGGAACUGUAACUGCAGAUCGAGAAAUGCAGGUACUGCUACGUAUGUUAGCAGACGGACGCUGGAUUUCUGCUAUAGAAAUAGAUGCUGUUAUAAGGUAUUUGAGUGAAAGACGCGACAGAAUGCAAGGAGUUCCUGGAGAAGAUAGAGGCAUUGGAAGAAUGCCGCCUAUACCGCCUUCAGACAUUAAACGUGAUAUUCCACCUUUCAAACCACCAGAUGAUAUUGAUGUGGCACAAAAAGAACAAGAUCUCCAAAAUCGCAUUAUGAAUAUUAUGAAUCAAGGUGCACCAACACAGCCUAUUGGAAGCUCACCAUCAUCAGAUCUUAGUUCAAGCACUGGUGUGACACCUAGAAUGGGCUCCAAUAUUAAUAGCUUGAGGCCACAACCUGGUAUGGGGCCCAAUAUACCUGGACUAAAAUCGACCCCUCCCAUUCGAUCAACAGAAGAAGCCAUUUCUGAGGGAUUGCAGUCUAGUGCAGGAAGAGGGAACACAGCAAGUCAACCAAUUUUUACAUCAACUACAGCUGGGGAUAAAACUUCUAAUGACAAUUCUUCAACUCCAACUUAUAUUAAUUUUAAUAAUCCAAGUGUUCAGAAAGCAUUGGAUAAUUUAAUACAAAGUGGACCCAGUUUAUUAAAGAAUAUUUCAUUAUCUGGCACCAAUUUAUCUACUCCACCACCAGCACUUCCUGAAAAUGCUUCUAAACCACCUAUUGGUGGUCAAGGCCCAUUAAUUCCACCUCCCAACGAUCCCAUGGGUAUGCAAAGAGGUGGCAUGGGUCCACCAAGGGGUCCUGGCAGUAUGGCAGAUAUGCCAGGGAGUGGGCAAGCCAGAGGUCGUGGCAGUUUAGACAUGGGCCCACCUAGAGGUGGUGGCAACUUAGAUAUGGGUCCACCUAGAAGUGGUGGCAACUUAGAUAUGGGUCCACCUAGGGGUGGUGGCAACUUAGAUAUGGGUCCACCUAGGGGUGCUGGCAAUUUAGACAUGGGUCCACAUAGAGGAAAUCCAAAUAUAGGAGGACCAGGACCCCAAAGAGGGCCUGGAUCUGAUAUGAUGGGUAUGGGACAAGGCCCACAAAGGGGUGGAUUUGGUGGCAUGUCAGACAUGGGUGGGAUGAACUCAAAUCGAGGUUAUGAAAAUACUGGUAUGGACUCAGGAAUCGAUCAGCAAAGAAUGUCAGACAUGGGUAGGAUGGGUGGACCACAUCUUGGCAUGGGUCCGGGAAGUGGUUUUCCUGGACAAAAUCAAUUUGGAAAAUAUCAGGGGCCUGGUCAACAAGGAGGUUUCCCAGGUUCUUAUAAUAAUUCUUCAAAUCUUGGUAAUAUGCAGCGGCAAAAUUAUGGUGGUGGUCAGGGCAUGGGUGGAAUGGGCGGUACACCUCGCCGGUAUUAAAUUUAGACUUUUGUGUUUUUAUUAUAUCAUAAUGUAACCUUAAGUGGUACAGCAUUACAAGAAGAUCGUCUUAUUCAUUCAUUUUUGUAUUGUCCUGUAUAUUUGUUACAUUAUUUCAAAAAAUGAUUAAAAAAUGUAGUCUUCAUUA